AUGUUUGGAUCAUCUGGCGCGUUUGGAAACCAAUCGAAUCCGUUUGCAACGGGGAACAAGUCGACACCUUCUGGGUUUGGCUCUGGAAGUUUUGCAAAUACUGGACAGGGUGGUUUCGGUAGUUCGGGCUUUGGGAGUUCGGGACUGAGUGGCAGUGGAUUUGGAAACUCAGGAUUUGGAAGUUCAGGAUUUGGGGGCUCUGGUGGAUCUGCAUUUGGAAGCACCGGUUUCGGUAAGUCGUCAUCCACCGCUACCAGUAAUGGCUCAGGAUUUGGUAACACGAGAUUCAAUGGUUCAGCUUUUGGGAAUAGCACCACUCUGGCGUUUGGAACACAGAAUAAAACCGCAUCACAGUCUAGUCCAUUUGGAGCGUUCCUGAAUAAUGCAGGAUCACAAUUUGGAAAUCAAUCAACUGCAUCACCUUUCGGGUCAACAAACAAUUCGUCGCCCUUUGGUAAUUCAGGCGGUGCGACAAGUGCAGGAUUUGGUAACCCAUCUGCGUCGUCUGCAUUUGGUAAUAAGGCAACCACACUGUCCACAGUUGGGGGAAGUGGUUUUGGAAGUAGCGGUUUUGGAAGUAGUGGUUUUGGAAGUAGCGGUUUUGGUGGCAGUGGAUUUGGAAAUGCAGCAGCUAAUCAAGCGCUGUCAUUUGGCUCUGGGUCCUCGAACACAGCUUCUGCCUUUGGAUCAUCUGGUGGAGCUACAUCGGCAUUUGGAAAUAAACAACCAUCAACCACGUCACCAUUCGCUAGCCAACCUGGACAGCAACAAUCAACAACUUCUCCCUUUGGUGCGCCAACUACAAGCAAUCCGACAACAAGUGCAUUUUCACAAUUCAAUGGGGCGGCCCAGUCACCUUUUGGGCAGAUCAAACCUCCACCGACAUCAACGCCCUCACCGUUUGCAUCUACAACUACGCAGAACACAUUUGGGUCAAAUCGAGCGUCAGGUCAGCAGACACAGCCCCUGCUGGUAUUUGGAUCUUCCAGCACUACCAACACAAGCUUGGCUUUUGGUUCAUCCAAGCAGGGCGAUAUCUCCACACUGCUUGCCAAUUUGAGUGUAGCUGUUCAAGAAGCUUUCAAAGCACCUACUUUCGAGUUGGGCCAUGUCCCAGAUAUACCUCCACCACCAGAGCUAUGUGUGUAA